GAAGAAAAGAAUAUAACUAUUAUUUCCAAAUUGUAUGUUAUUGUAGUGUUAUUGUAUUCUGAUCGAAUCUAUAAUACACAUUCCUGCUUGCUUAAGUGGUAUGGGGAUGAAUAAUUACCUAAAAUGACAGUUCCGUUACGGAACAAAUACUCCAUAAACAUUCGGUCUCUGUUCUGCCCUCUGGCAACCAAAAACUGCUGUAAUUAUUACUGUAGCUAUAUUCAGUGCAACACCAACAAGGCACUACACGAACAUGGCUUCUGGAAGGUCAUCGAUUUAUCAAGAUUUAUCUGAGAUUUAUGAUAAUGUUAUCAAUAAGGAGCAUCCGCGUAAGCUGAUUCCUGAGCUUUGUAAACAGUUUUACAAUCUUGGAUGGGUUACAGGAACUGGUGGCGGUAUAAGUAUAAAACUGGAUAAUUAUUUUUUGUUUUAUAUGCACCUGUCUUGUCAUGCUUCACUAUUCAGUGAUGAAAUCUACAUUGCCCCAUCGGGUGUGCAAAAGGAACGAAUUCAACCAGAUGACCUCUUCAUCCAGAACAUCGAGGGAGAUGAUUUGCAGACACCACCUGAUUAUAAAAAGCUAACCAAAAGCCAAUGCACACCGCUUUUCAUGCUGGCUUACAAGGACCGCAAUGCUGGUGCUGUUAUCCAUACCCACAGCCCAGCGGCGGUGAUGGCAACGCUGCUCUGGCCGGGAAAAGAGUUCCGCUGUACUCACUUAGAGAUGAUAAAGGGUAUUUACGAUUACGAACUAAACCGUAACUUGAUGUACGACGAGCAACUGGUGGUACCGAUUAUAGAGAACACAUUGUUUGAAAAAGACCUGGAAGAAUCAAUGGCUAAGGCGUUACGAGACUAUCCUGGAACGUCUGCCAUUCUUGUGCGUCGCCAUGGUGUGUACGUUUGGGGGCACAAUUGGCAGAAGGCAAAGACGAUGGCUGAAUGCUACGAUUACCUUUUCUCAUUAUCAGUGGAAAUGCACAAGGUUGGACUAGACUCGGAUGCCGUACCGAAACGGCACUAAAUAGGGAGUAGCUCUGUUAUACACGUAAACACGUUAUUGAAGCUAUAUGCAAAACAAAUAGCUUCACCAAGAGAAUCAUAGUUGUUAUCAUGGGAUUGUCCGUGAAAUUGUACGAUGUAUUUGUACCGUUGAAUCCUAGUAAAAGGAUACACAAUCAUUCACCUCCAACAUCACUAAUCACGCAUAGGAAUAGGAAUGCGUCGACGUUCUUUCUCAAGCAAUUUGAAUAAAUAAUGAUUAGGAGUUUUGUAUGGAA